UGACAGUUAAUCUGUCAAAGAUAAAUUCAGGGUUCUUCCACCCUGGAUAAAUUGUAAAUAUUUGGCAGACGUGUAAUUUUGAUGUAGUUUAUCCACAUUUCUGCGAAUUUACCAAAAUGACUAAUUUACAAGAAGUUCCUACCGAUGAAUUACUUUCUUUUCACGAUUAUCCAUCUGUACAUAAUAGUGAAUCUCCGCAAAAAAGUGCUCAGAUUAAUGUAAACGUUAAUAAUGCAAAUAGGCAGAGUGACAAUGGGGGUGGAGGCGAUAUGGGGGCUAAUACGGCAGAAAGUGCCAUGAAAUCAUUUUGGACUGUGGAAUAUUAUCAGCAAUUCUUUGAUAUAGAUACACAGGAUGUUAUUGAUAGAAUAAUAGCUUCAGUAACACCAAAACGCGAUAAUUCUUUAAAACACCAUCUGAGACACAAACCGGACUUAUAUGGACCCAUAUGGAUAUCUAUAACCUUAAUUUUUACCAUUGCUAUAAGUGGUAAUGUAGCCAACUACUUACAGAAUGCUAAUACCAAUAUUCACUGGAAAUAUGAUUUUCAUUUAGUCUCAUAUGCAGCAACUGCUAUUUUUAUGUAUGUAACACUUAUUCCUUUUACUCUAUGGGGGUUAUUAAAGUGGAGCUCUGAUGUUAAUGAUUUGGAAGGUUUGGAGUCAAAUGUAACACCUGGUGCUCUGGAAUUAAUAUGUAUUUAUGGUUAUUCAUUGUUUAUUUACAUACCAGUAUCAAUAUUAUGGUCAAUUCAGAUAAGUAUGUUACAGUGGGGGUUAGUGUUAGUUGCUACUUUUAUAUCAGGCUCAGUUUUGCUAUUUACACUACUUCCAGCUUUACGAUUAUCAAGACAUAAGCUAUUCUUGAUUGCUGGUAUAAUUUUAUGCCAUUUGAUUCUUGCUGCAGGUUUUAAAAUGUAUUUUUUCCAUUCGCCCCCAAAUAUUAAAGUACAUGUUCCAAUUGAAAAUGUUAUACAUACAACUAUAAAAAGUAUUGUAGUACCUAGUAAUAAUACUACAGGUUAAUCUUAUAAAAGUGUUUUAGAUUUUUUUGUGAUAAUAAAUUAUAAAUAUAUACCUAAUAUAA